GUCAAACAUCAUUACGUCGGUUCGGAAGAGAGUGCGGGCUUGGAGUUCUCGGUCGGGCAGCGUUUGCAUACUAACCAGCAGCUUCACUUCACACUCGCCGCCAUGGCUCCUUCCCCGCGCAAACGUCUGUUGUCGCCGCGCAAACGCCUACCGCCUACACCGUUCAAUCAGACAUGGCACGAGACCGACACAGCACACCUCGACCCCAGCGCCCUGCCUGUCGCCCGCAUACCUCGAGGCUGGGAGCGCAAGCGCGAAGUCACGCAAGUCAGUGAGGGCAAAGCGAAGAGCAUCUGGCGGAGAUUCAACUCGCGGUCGAGCAUCAUCAACGGGCAGCAAGAAGAUGAGACGGAAGAGGAGGAGCUUGAUGCACAGUCACGUGCUGUGAAGAGGCGGCAGAGGAUGAGCCCCGAAGCUAUGGAGAAGAUGCAGGGCAACAAGCGCGCCUUCAAGGGCACACGCUGGGACCGGAGAAAGAGCGUCCUUCCCCGCAAGAGGUCUGCGCACAGUAGCGAGGCUUUGCACGAAGGCCAGAGCGAGAGCGACGACACGCAAGACGCAACAGACGCGGACAUGAGCCACGAGAGCUUGGCAGAGGUACCACAUGCGCACGAGGGCCCGUCAUCAUUUACAUUCGCCAUAGACACAGCACAGACGCUGGACGAGCUGCCGGACUAUGAGAGCCUAGACGAGCAGGACGGCGAGCAGAAGCUGGGCAACAUACUCCCAGAAGACUCGACCUUCGCACUCAUCUUCAGAUCACCCGUCAAGGGCAGUUCGGCACCACUUUCGACGUCACCCGCCAAGCCCGAUUACCCUGCGUUACCACACAGCGAAAAGGGGAAGGAACAAUUGGAAGCAUCGUCUGAGCAAGCCGUAGGAGAGGAGGUCACGGUCACGGGCCCAACUGUCGAGAGCGCUGUUGCUGCGGUCAUCGCCAAUGUACCGACUUCCACUACGUACAUACCGGAGAGCGAUGCAGUAGUCAGAAGCCGGGAUGAGGAUGGCACAGACACGACAAACACAGCGAACACGGCGCAAGCUGAGGUCAUGGCUGCAGACCCGACCGAAUCAUCGAGCGCAGAAACCCUUCAAGCUCAACUGGACGAUGCAGAGGAACUUACCUACCCAGCACUACCGACCGGAUCCACUUCAGAUGACCCGGUUGGUGACGCGCAGACCAAUGACGAUACGCGCGCAGGAGACGAAGAAGAGGAUGAUGACGCUGAGAUGUCUGAGGUAGACCUGGGUACCUUCACAGCCUCUGCCAAGCCUGCAAACAACGACACAGCUGAAACGGUCGAAGACGAGUCCGCCGACGAAGAGGUUACUGAAGCCUCGUUGCAGUUAGAUAUCCAAGGAGAGUACGAGCGGGAGGGCGAGCUUGCAUCCCAGCCACCAACACCGAAGCCGGCUGAGAAAGGAGCACACAACAUCGCAGACGGCCUGAUACUCACCCCUAUACCGGCGAAGGCUCACUCGAAAGAGCACACACCCAAGACGUUGCGCUCACCGCCACCACCACUGCGCAUCGAAUCUGGUCCUGAUGAUGCAACGGUGACACUCGCAAUCGACGAUGAUACUGCCAUAUUGAAGAGCUUCCUCAGCCGAGCAGCUGCUAGCAAGGCUGAAAGGUCUGCGAUUAUCACCCGGCGAUCUUCUCUGGAAAACCGGCGAGACUCAGACAUUGUUCGCCACGCCCUGGCGUCGCCUCGCAAGGCUCUUGAGGAGAAAGACCCCAACUCACCAUCCAAAACCGACAGCGAAGCAACAUUCGAUCUGUCCGAGACACCAGUGCUAAGCCCAGAGAUCGAGGAGUCAGCAUCGCCCACGCUAGAACAGCCUGAGGCCAAGGACACCGCAGAAGCGAAGACUGGACAGGGCUCGCGACGCUCCUCUCGUGCAAAGAAGUCCCGUCUCCCAGCUCCAGCCACAACCACUCAACCCCAGGCCUCCAACAAGAUCGCCAUCCGCCGCGCUGACGGCACCGACCCUGUAGUCCUUAAGAAGACCGACGCCCAAGAACUCGCCCUCAUCACCAAGAACAACACACGCAAGAACAAGCAGGGCGCUUUCAUGGUCAGUCUUCGCCUGCUCAAGCUCCAGGCCGAAGCCAUCCUAUCUCCUACAGCGGAUAUGGUCGCAGACGCAGAGAAACCCCCAGCUCCAGGCAGGAGGGGAAUCAGAUGGGACGAAACGCUAGCAUACUACCAGGAGCACGCCGACACUAUCGCCGCGCAGCAAGUCGAAGCAGAGAGUCUGGCUACCCCAGAUGAACUGAGCCUCCCAGCGCUAACAGCUACGAAGAAACCAAAGGCAAAGACGAGUAUAGACAAGAACUUGACGCCUAAGAUCCGUCGCGUGCGUGGGCUCGGCACAGCGAAUGGUACACCAGGGAAGGGUUUGUUGGCGACUGGAUCCCUACUCCCGGAUGCCGUGCAGGAAGAGAAGAGUGCUGCCCAGCCUGCGCCGACGAAGGGCAUACCUAAGCCCAAAGCUACCAAGAAGUUGCCUGUUCCUUCGACGCCUACGGACUCGAAGCUCGCGGCGCUUGAAGUUGCGCCUGUUGGUGUCGAGCCGAUUAAGGAACGCAAGAGUCGCCUCGCCCCGCCGAAGAGUGUAAGGCUCCCAAAGCCUGUUGCUAAUGCAGUGCUGGUUAAGGCGGAAGAGAAGGAGAAUACGAGCACAGGGGUUAGUGGCGCGACGCCGAGGAAGGGUAUUCCAGCUCCGAGGGUUGUGGCGCCGAAGAGUGUUGCGGCUUCGGCGCCAGCUGUGCGUGUGGAGAGUGGGCUGCCUAGACGGCGAGGACGGAAGGUUUGAGGUUCUACGGGUGAAGGUGAUGGUGGCAGCGCUUUGUCGUGUUGUGUGAUGAGUGAUGACUUGGGCGCUCUGUGUGCUUUGCUACAUUCUGGAGUUCUAUACCUUUGCAUUUACGCGGGCGGUAGAGGUGC